CUAAGGACGGACCCGAUCAUGGCGGGCUAGCUCCCCCUCCCCACGGUCGUAUCCCUGCGGGCCCUUGAAAGGAACAUUCUGACAUCCAGAAUUGAUUCCCCCGCUGCAGGUGCCUACCUGUCGUCGGCAGCGGCUUGCAUGGACGAAAAACAGAUUUUACCCGGAAUAGAUUUCUAUGAACAUUUUCUUAUUUUUUUCCCCUGCCCCUUUGAAAUUAUAAAGCCGCCGUGAUCAUCUUCUCAGGAAGGCACGGUCUUGGCAGUGCCCCAAAGGAAAGCGCCAGGCCAUCCGGCUCCGCUGCUUUCCAAGUGACCCUCUAUGUGAGUGUGGCAUUACCGCAUUCCUGUGACAAGUGUUCACUACCUAGGCAGUCCCCGUGCGCUUUAAAGAAAGACAGUUAACUGCUAGCUUGAAUUGGGCUUUUACCUUGUGCCAGUCAUGGUGCUAAAUAUAUUAAAUGGAUUUUCUCACUGAUCCUGAGGGCAGCCCUUGAGGUUAAUCUCCUGGAGAAGAAAACAACCAAGGAGGAUGCUGUUGAAUCAGUUACGAGGCCGUUACAGCCAUCCCAACCAGAGACGGCAGUGUAAACUUGAGAGAUGACAGAGCAGAUGCAGAAAAGAGGCUGGAUUUCAAAGGUCCACAGUCUUUAUUCUGCAGUUGCAAAAUGAGACAAAAACAGAAACCACUCUGAAUCCCAAAAGUAUUUUUCGAAGUCUGACAUCAGGACUAUCUGGCAAUGAAACCUACCAUGGACAAACAUGAAGUCUCUGUUUUGUCAACCUUUGCAUCAGUCACACCUGCCUCUGUUAUUUCGUGACAUUUGAUGACUUGAGGAUUAACUGCAUUGGAAAAUGUCCAAAAGAGUUAAAGUUAUUCCUAUGGAUAACAGUGAGAAGAAGAAAAGGAAGCAUCUGUCGUUAUCAAUAGCUCAGAAAGUGGAAUUAUUGCAGAAGCUUGAUGGUGGUGUGUCUGUGAGGCACCUUACUGAAGAAUAUGGUGUGGGCACCACCACCAUAUAUGACUUAAAAAAACAGAAAGACAAGUUGCUGAAAUUUUACAGUGACAGUGAUAACCAAGAACUAAUGAAAAAUAGGAAAACAUUGCACAGGGCGAAAAAUGAAGAUCUUGACCGCGUGUUGAUUGAGUGGAUCCGACAACAAAGAAGUAAAGAUAUGCCACUGACUGGUUUGUUGGUCAUGAAACAAGCUAGACUAUAUCAUGAAGAACUGAACAUUGAAAGCGAGUGUGAGUAUUCAGAAGGCUGGCUACAGAAAUUCAAGAAGCGUCAUGGUAUCAAGUACCUUAAAAUUUGUGGUGAAAAAGCUUCUGCUGAUCAUGAGCCUACUGAAAAUUACAUUGAUGAAUUUGCUAAAAUAAUAUCUGAUGAAAACUUUAGCCCGGAGCAGAUUUACAAUGCUGAUGAAACAGCUCUGUACUGGUGCUAUGUUCCUAGGAAAACCUUAGCAAUGGCUGACGAAAGAGUCCCAACAGAUUACAAGGAUGCCAAGCAAAGAUUAACUGUUCUUGGGUGUGCCAAUGCUGCUGGCACACACAAGAUAAAAUUGGCAGUGAUCGGGAAAAGUCUAUAUCCAAAGUGUUUAAAAGGUGUAUGCAAUUUACCUGUUCAUUAUUAUGCAAACAAGAAGGCAUCAGUAACAAGGGAGAUCUUUGCUGAUUGGUUCAAUAAGCACUUUGUGCCAGCAGCACGAGCUCAUUGCAAGCAAGCUGGACUGGAAGACAACUGCAAGAUUUUACUAUUCCUAGACCACUCUUCUGCACAUCCCCCUCCUGAACUUCUUGUGAAAAGUAAUGUUUUCGGCAUUUACCUUCCACAAAAUGUGACAUCCAUAAUACAGCCUUGUGACCAAGGAAUUCUACGUUCCAUGAAGAGCAAGUAUAAACACUUUUUUUUAAACAGCAUGCUUGCCUCAGUUAACAGAGGUCUGAAAAUCCAGGACUUCCUUAAAGAAUUUAGUCUUAAGGAUGCCAUCUAUGCAGUUGCUAAUGCUUGGAAUGAUAUUGAUAAGUCAACAUUAAAAAAUGCUUGGCACAGACUUUGGGCUACAAUGAUGUUUGAAAAUUACCUUGCUGAUGAAGAUUUUGAAGGAUUUAUAGACUCUAAUGAAAAGACCAUGAUUUCUAAACUCCUAACUUAUGCCAAAAGUUUAUCAGCCGAAAGUGUAAAUAAGUUAGAAGAAGCCGACAUUGAAGAAAUGUUGAACAUCGAUAAUGAUGCACCCAUUGAGCAUCCCUUGAGUGAUGGAGAAAUGGCUGAGUUGGGGUUGAAUAUAGAUGAGUAUGAAGACACUAGUAGUGAUGAUGACAUUAUGAGCACAGAUCAAAAAAUCUCCAUAGACCAUAUGGUAAAAAUAUGUGACCAAUUAAUUGCUGGCCUUGAACAAUGUGCAUUUAUCAGUAAGCAGGAGAUCAUGGCAAUUUACUCAAUUAAAAAGAAACUGCUUAGACAGAAACCUGUGUUAAAGAGAUAGGUGACACUGGGUAAAGUCUUUUAAAAGGCUCUCUUGAUAAUGCCACUUCAUCAGUUGAGAAUUCUCUUUCUGGCUCAUCAUAUUAUGUCCAGCUCCAGCUUGGUUUCAUGGACAAUGAUUUUUAUUGAUUAACUUCUUCAAGAUUCUCAGGCAGCCAGAACUGAUGAACAUUUAUGACACGUUUAUGUGUUUUCAUCAGUAUAAGCUUAAAAUUUUACUUUAAAAUUUCCUUAGAGAUUUUUCCUUUAUCACAAGCAACAAAAAAAAAAAAGCUUAAAGUAUAUAAAGUCUAUAUCCUGUUAUUUCAUUUACCAAUAAAUUUAUUUACCUACAAA